GCUGUAACUGUUGAAGCAGCAUGCACCUAAUAAGCUACUUCUAAAUCUGGCACCAUCAUUUCAGUCUGUGGACUAGCAGAACAGAUCCUGCAGAAUCCUUCUCAACACGGCUACAAAAACGGUACAGCGUGUGAAGAAGAGCUCAUGGAGCAGCUGGCUAAAGCAGAAACUGAGCAAGAAAAAGAUGAUGUUGGCAGAGGAUAGGAAGCAUUUUGAGGACUCAUUCACAGUCCAGGCCUCUGCAGCAGAAAUGGAGAAAAUAAGGGUACGAAAUUCCUGGGUGCCAACCUGCCUAUGGCAACCUAGAAUUCUCCAGGGCAGGCUCGCAAAAUCUUCACCUACUCUUUGGGACAGUACCUUGCAAGAACAGAAGGGGGAAUUACGAAAGCGUCUAUCGUACACUACCCAUAAGCUGGAAAUGCUUGAAACGGAAUUUGAUUCUACACGUCAGUACCUUGAAAUAGAAUUGAGACGUGCUCAGGAGGAACUUGAAAAAGUAACUGAAAAGCUGAGAAGGCAGGUGAUUACUCCCCUGAAGACAUAUCAUAAUGGAAGCCAAAAAUAUGUUACGAGGAUACAAAACAAUUACCUUGCCUUACAAAGAAUUAAUCAGGAUCUGGAGGAUAAACUUUACAGAAUGGUAAGUUAUCAUAACUGGCCUUUUGUAAUAUAUUAUGGUUUUACAAUUCUUAUGUCAUAG